AUGGUCAAAGAUACCAAGUUCUAUGAUGCUUUAGGAGUAUCCCCUACUGCAAGCGACACUGAGUUGAAAAAGGCUUACAGGAAGGCAGCUUUGAAAUACCACCCAGAUAAAAACUCAACCCCAGAAGCUGUUGAAAAAUUUAAAGAAAUUUCUCACGCUUAUGAAAUAUUAUCUGAUGAACAAAAAAGAGACAUAUAUGAUCAAUAUGGUGAAGAAGGGUUGUCAGGUCAAGGUGGUCCAGGUAUGAACGCCGAAGAUAUAUUCUCCCAAUUCUUUGGUGGAGGUUUCGGUGGCGGUUUUGGUGGUGGUCCUCAAAGACCAACUAGAGGUAAGGAUAUCAAGCACAGUAUUGGGUGUACUUUGGAAGAUUUGUACAAGGGCAAAACUACAAAGUUGGCUUUGAACAAGACUGUAUUGUGUAGCGAUUGUGAAGGCAGAGGUGGUGCUGAAGGUAAGGUUAAGGAAUGUCCAGACUGUCAUGGUUCUGGUAUGAAGUUUGUCACCAGACAAAUGGGUCCCAUGAUUCAAAGAUUCCAAACCGUGUGUGAUAAAUGUCAAGGUUCUGGUGAUUUAUGUGAUCCAAAGGACAGAUGUACAACUUGUAAAGGUAAGAAAACUCAAACUGAAAGAAAGAUUUUGCAAGUUCACAUUGAUCCAGGUAUGAAGGAUGGCCAAAGAAUUGUAUUUAGUGGUGAGGGUGACCAAGAGCCAGGUAUUACCCCAGGCGAUGUCAUUUUCGUUGUUGACGAAAGACCAGAUGCCAAUUUCCAGAGAAAGGGCAAUGAUUUGUACAGAGAAUAUGAAGUCGAUUUAUUGACAGCUUUGGCAGGUGGAGAAAUUGCAUUCAAACACAUUUCAGGUGACUGGAUCAAGAUAAAUAUCACUCCUGGAGAAGUUAUUGCUCCAGGUGAAAUGAAGAUUAUAGAGGGUCAAGGUAUGCCAAUUUAUAGACAUGGUGGUAAAGGUAACUUGAUUAUCAAAUUUUCAGUUGCAUUCCCACCAAAUCAUUUUGCUGAUGAGGAUAAACUCAAGGAAUUGGCAUCCAUUUUACCUCCAAGAAAACAAGUUCAAAUUCCAGAAGGUGCAGAAGUUGAUGAAUGUGAUAUGGUCAAGUACGAUCCUGCUAAACACCAACAAAGGAGAAGAGAUGCGUACGAUUCCGAUGAGGAAGAUGGUCAAGGACAUCCAGGUGUUCAAUGUGCUUCUCAAUAA